UAAAUAAAUAAACAAAUAAAGAAACGAAGAGAACAUUUGGCGAAACAAAGGAGAAAACUAUAUUGGUGACUCCUCCAAAGAUCGAGAGAAGAGUUUAAGGCGAUUGAUUAUUGUCCGAAAGAUUCAAACUUUUCUUUUGGUAGAUACACAAAUCAUCGAUUGGUGUUUGGUAGUCUCGUCGAUCGCGGGGGGUCUGCUUUGGGAAUGGCGCAGCAAGAGGGGCAGGGGGGAAGCAUGGACCCUGCCGUUCUAGACGACAUCAUUCGUCGCUUGUUGGAUUACAGAAACCCUAAGCCUGGAACCAAACAGGUCAUGCUCAACGAGUCUGAGAUCCGACAGCUUUGCAUCGUCUCCAAAGAGAUUUUCCUUCAGCAGCCUAACCUCCUUGAGCUCGAAGCUCCCAUCAAGAUCUGCGGUGAUAUACAUGGACAGUACUCAGAUCUAUUGAGGCUAUUUGAGUACGGAGGCUUCCCUCCUGCAGCUAACUACUUAUUCUUAGGAGACUACGUGGACCGUGGGAAGCAGAGCUUAGAGACCAUCUGUCUUCUCCUCGCCUACAAAAUCAAAUACCCAGAGAACUUCUUCCUCCUAAGAGGCAACCACGAGUGUGCUUCCAUCAACAGAAUCUACGGUUUCUACGACGAAUGCAAACGUAGGUUCAGCGUCAGACUCUGGAAAGUCUUUACAGAUUCUUUCAACUGCCUCCCCGUGGCUGCUGUCAUAGACGAUAAGAUUCUGUGCAUGCACGGUGGUCUUUCUCCCGAUUUGACAAACGUGGAACAGAUUAAGACAAUGAAGCGACCUACCGAUGUUCCGGACUCUGGUCUGCUUUGUGAUCUUCUUUGGUCUGAUCCGAGCAAAGAUGUUAAAGGAUGGGGGAUGAACGACCGUGGAGUGUCUUACACGUUUGGGCCUGAUAAGGUUGCUGAGUUUCUGAUAAAGAAUGAUAUGGAUCUCAUAUGCCGUGCUCACCAGGUUGUGGAGGAUGGUUAUGAGUUCUUUGCUGAUAGGCAGCUUGUGACUAUAUUCUCAGCGCCUAACUACUGUGGCGAAUUCGACAAUGCGGGUGCAAUGAUGAGUGUUGAUGAGAGUUUAAUGUGUUCUUUCCAAAUACUUAAGCCUGCGGAUCGGAGGCCCCGGUUCUUAUGAAUGUAAUGAGUUUAAACCCUCUGCGGGAGAGAGAGAGAAACCUUUGAUGCUCUCCCUGAGGCAUUGUCCUGAGAGGCCUUACAUUUUACGUGUUAUUAUAUCAUCAUUUUACUUGAACACUUUGCCAUUUAUUUUUCUCAAAACUGUAUGUUCUUAUCAUCUUCUUCUCUGACUCUCAUAUUAGACAGUAAAAAAAGUCUGCAAAGUUUUUUUUUUC